UCUCAUCCACUUGCGUAAACGCAGCUGCUGUGUGCUGGUUGAAAGUCUCAAGCGACAAGAGGAAAGCAAGACGUUUUCUUUUUCUUCUCUUCUUUGCUAAAGGCGUGGAUGCCACCAUGGAGCAGAAAACAUAAAUUGAGCUUUCAUAAGGACGCUGCCACUUGUACUUUACUGAAGAUAUUCAUCGGAGGGAUGAAGAACUGAAGUCUAAAGAGAGUUUGUGCCAACAUGUCUAAACCAAUGGAUCACGUCAAACGCCCGAUGAAUGCUUUCAUGGUUUGGUCCAGAGCCCAGCGCAGAAAAAUGGCUCAGGAGAACCCGAAAAUGCACAACUCCGAGAUCAGCAAGAGAUUAGGAGCGGAGUGGAAACUUCUCACCGAGUCUGAGAAAAGGCCAUUCAUCGACGAAGCUAAACGACUGCGAGCGAUGCACAUGAAGGAACACCCAGACUAUAAAUACAGACCGAGGCGGAAGCCCAAGACUCUGAUGAAAAAAGAUAAGUUCUCUUUCCCCGUGCCCUACAAUCUCGGGGAGCACGACGCACUCAAAGUUAACGGGCUUUCUGGACCACUUUCCGAGUCCAUCCUCGGGCACCCCGACAAAGUAGCUGCGGCUGCGGCUGCCGCAGCGGCGAGGGUAUUCUUCAACCCGUCCAUGACGAACCCCUAUUCCUUUUUCGACCUGGGAUCCAAGAUGACUGAGCUUUCCCCACAUUCAUUUCCGUACGCGUCUCCGUUGGGCUACCCGCACGGAGGCUCCGCGGCUUUCGGGACUGGAGUUGGUGGAGGGACACACACCCACACUCACACACACCCGUCCCCGGGAAACCCAGGCUACAUGAUCCCUUGUAACUGUACGGGCUGGCCCUCAGCAGGACUUCAGCCGCCCUUAGCAUACAUCCUGCUCCCCGGGAUGGGAAAACCUCAACUUGAACCGUACUCUGCAUAUGCUGCAGCAUUAUGAUAAGGCCCGCUUUGGACUUCUGAGAAAAUGAAAUGUGAAAACAAAAACAAACAAACAAAAAAAAAGCUAUUCAUGCAAGAGUUUUAUUAUGCAUGCACAAACCUUGUACAUGUGAUGAAGUGCUCGUCGUCUCAGAUAUCACAUGUGUAUGUAUAUUGAUUACUGCCUUUAUCUAAGGUACUGCUUAUUUAGAGAACUCUCUAAUCUAUUAUUACCCAGUCAUCACCUCUCACAGUCCAGAGGGGAAGGACUAACGGAUGGCAGGAAUGCACACAUUUGAGGAAAAGGUAUCAGAGCAUUUUGUGAAAACCCAUUUUGAAAAGGUACACUAUUCGAUUUCUAUCUUUUGCAAGUUGCACCUGCUUUGACUAACCUGUUGGAAUCAAGGGCAGCAUAUACAAUGACCAUAUUAAUCACAGGAUUUCCUCUCAGAUAAGUUGCUGUGGGUUGUAAUUCAUGGAUCAGGGAGGAUUUAUCACAGCAUUUCUCCCCUCUUGAAUGACUGUAAAUGUGUACAGAUAAAAAUGACUCUAGUUUAUUUGCCGUUAUAGGCUUAGUGUUUGAGAUAGGGCCAGGAACUUACGCAUUUCACUAGAAAUGCGGUGUAUAUUUUGAGUUUUUAAACCGUUUUAUAGAUGUCUGUAAUAUUUAUUGUUUAGUGGAAUUUAUGGUGACCCAGACAAUUUUAAAAAGGACAAGACUAGUUCUGUAAUAUUUGCACAUGAAACGUAGAGGAUGUAAUUUAUUUUCAAGGGGAUAUUCGAUUUCAGUGGGUUUGAUUCAUCGAACCGUGUUUCCCUCCAAACUGUACAAAAAAAGUUCCAAUUUAAAUGCAGGUGGAAGUUUAUUCAAGGGGUUUAUCAUUUCUUGAUCCAUAACCCUCCCACUCCUCGUAUCAUGUGCAGCAGAAAAAAACGUUUUUAACUAACUCUUAUGGAAUUUGUAUGUUUUGUGUUUUCUUUAACCUCCGUUAUGUACUUCAACCUAUUGCUACUGUUCACUUGUUGAGCAAAGGACUACAAUAAAGCCUAUUCGGAUUAAACGGAAGGGAAUCGCA